AUGGGCCACUCUCUCUCCGUCCCUUACUGCAUUCUUACGCCAGUGCCCCGGAUGCUUGUGGUGGAGUGCCGAGGAGGCGUCGCAGACAGUGUGCCACGAUUUGCGAGCUUACCCGUAUACCUCCCCGUGAGUUACCGCACCUCCAAUGCCGACGUGUCCUUCUUCCUGAAAGAAACCAACCAGGAUAUCAUGAAGAACACAAGCUUGCAGUCCCGCACAGAGCCUCUUCUUGUGUAUAAGGCCACCGGCUUGCCAGUAUUAAAUGCAACGUAUGGCCCAUUUACUGUGGAGCAAAUGGUGCCCCCUCACCUCUUGCAGACAUCGGUGCUGCCCAGUUUUGCAGACCGGUUCACUUUCAACUGGAAGUUACAGUCACGUAUCAUUGACAGUUCCAUAUAUUCCAAUAGGCCGAAGGUGCAAGUUUUGUUCUACAUUGCCGGCAAAGACUGGGAAGACUACGAUCCCGCUGAGAUCCUGCCCUGUGUGCGGAUGAUGGCCUUCAAGGAGGAGCAGGUGGCAGUUGGCAGUUGUCGACUGAAAGGUCAUCUGGGGUUAUGUGUUGCAGAGGUAGAGUUUUCGCCCAACUGGUUCGAUUCUGCAUUGACUUCCCCACAGCCACUGCUGGCUGUGCAGGAGCAUCAGGCAGUAGAUUCCUUGGAAGGGAUCCCUGUGGAACUUUUCUAUUGGGUGUAUGCAGUGGAAGGGGAGUGUUCUUCCGAAGGCCCAAACCUGGAAGGUUUUCUUCACCCGGAGGGCCAAGAGGAGACGCAGAUGCCUUUGGUGUCCAUGGAGAGGAUUGGGAAUGUUAUUCUGUACCCAACUCAAGACAAGCUCAAGAAGUCCUUCCUGAAUCUUGAUGGGAACCUUGUCAUCUGCCUGCCACUCAGUCCGGUCAAGGAAGGAGACCUUGUCAUGUUCCUCGUGUCUCUCACCAGCGGCUCUCUCGCAGAUCAGUUUACGCUAAGAAUUAAGGCUGCCCCAGGUGUGAAGAUAGUCGACAUCCGAGUCAGUGAUCCAGAGCAGUGGGGAGUACAACAAGACGUGGACAACGGACGGACGCAGACCACCGCCACCAUUGUCUGCGAGCGCAUCGAUCCCAACGCAGAGAGCAGAGUGAAUAUCUCUUCUUAUGAGAUCUUGCAGAUGGACUUUGAAAUUGACAAUAGCAGUGGGCUGGUGGGGGCCCAGCAAAUCACCUGGCAGGUAGAAUAUCCCCGAGAAGAGUCUGUGAGUGAGCUGGUGGUCUCUGAGAUCUUUGUCAGCGAAGCAACUUUUGCAGGAAUCGUUCCGCUCGCAAUGGACACCGAAGUCCUUAACACGGCCAUUCUGACGGGGAAGCCAGUGUCUGUCCCAGUAAAAGUGGUUGCUGUUGAAGAAGACGGUUCAGUGAGAGAUGUGUCUGGUUCCACUGAGUGCAGUUCAGCUGAUGAAGAGAUCAUAAAGGUUUCUGACAACUGUGAUGCCAUCUUUGUCAAUGGGAAGGAAAUGAAAAGCAAAGUGGGCACUGUCAUGAACUUCACGUACCAGCAUUUCACCACCCAGCUCGAAAUCACUGUCUGGGUCCCACGACUUCCUCUGCAAAUAGAGAUCUCUGACACGGAACUGAGCCAGAUCAAGGGCUGGAGGAUCCCGGUCACUUCCAACAAAAGGCCUACCCGAGACAGUGAGGAGGAAGAGGAUGAUGAGAAGAAAGGCAGAGGGUGCACCCUCCAGUACCAGCAUGCCAUGGUGCGUGUUCUGACCCAGUUUGUGGUGGAAUCGUCCGAGCUUGGCGGCCAGCUGACGUACAUGAUUGGCUCUGAGUGGCAGUUCGACAUCACCGACCUCGUAGCUGAGUUCAUGAAGGUGGAAGAAUCCAAAGUAGCCAAGCUACAUGGGGGCCGAAUUCUGAUUGGACGGGAGCAAGGAAUUACAACGGUUCAGGUCCUUUCUCCCCUCUCUGAUUCCAUUUUGGCCGAGAAGACAGUGAUUGUCCUGGAAGACCGAGUGACCAUUACGGACCUUGGAGUUCAACUCGUGGCAGGCUUGUCCCUCUCCCUCCAGACAAGUAAAGGGAACAAGAGGGUGAUCGUAGCGACGGCAUCGGCGUCAGAUAUUCUUCAUUCACCAAAGCAGGAAGCUGCGGUCAGUGCUUGGAUUUUGUUCAGCGACGGCACUGUGACACCCUUGGACAUAUAUGAUGCAAAGGACUUCUCUCUCGCCAUCACAUCACUGGAUGAGAUGGUGGUCUCCGUCCACCAAAGUCAGGAGGAUGACUGGCCCGUGGUGGUGGCAGAAGGGGAAGGCCAUGGUCCACUUGUCAAAAUUGAAAUGGUGAUCAGUGAGCCUUGCCAGAAGUCAAAGCGGAAGAGCAGCCUGGCAGUUGGGAAAGGAAGUAUCAAGGUCAAGUUUGGUCAGAAGGAUGCUGACCACAAAGGGGAUGCCAAUGAUGUGGAAGAUGCUGAGGCUGGCUAUAAAAGCCAUGGGGACAAUUCUAUUGAGAAGUCAUUGGAACAGGAAAGGUCGGGGCAAGACUGGUCCAAGCCUGGAGCCUCCAUGAAUCAAGAAGAUAUGACCAACCAAAGCACAACUUCUAAACCUCCCAUCCAGCAGAAAAACACCCAUGGAGAUAUCCAGAUACACGGUGGUCCAACCUCCUUUACUAGUUUUCCCAUGCAAGUUGAUGUUCCUGGGCAGAACAAUCCCAGUGACCUCACGUUUGCAUCCAGGGGUUUGACAGAUCUCGAGAUCGGCAUGUACGCUCUCCUGUGUGUCUUCUGCUUAGCCAUCUUAGUCUUCUUAAUAAACUGCGUGGCAUUUGCUUGGAAGUACAGGCACAAACGGUUUUCCGUCAGUGAGCAAGGCAACAUCCCACACUCCCAUGACUGGGUGUGGCUGGGAAACGAGGUGGAACUCCUGGAGAAUCCGGUGGACAUCUCGCUCCCCUCAGAGGAGUGCACCACCAUGAUAGACCGAGGGAUGCACUUUGAGGAGAGCAAUUUCCUCCUCAACGGGAGCUCUCAGAAGAACUUCCACAACCAGAUCCUUCGGUCCGCAGAAUAUGUUUGUGAGAAAGAUCUCAAAAAUGAACCGAUCAAUCCUCCUGGGCCCAAGCGGAAAAGAGUCAAAUUCACUUCCUACACCACCAUCCUGCCAGAGGAUGGGGGACCCUAUACCAACUCCAUUCUGUUUGACAGUGACGAUAAUAUCAAAUGGGUGUGUCAAGAUAUGAACUUAGGAGAUUCCCAGGAACUUAGAGACUAUAUGGAACGGCUGCAGGACAAUAUGUAA